AUGAGGAAGAAAAAACACCAGGGCAUUGUUUAUGAACCUAAAGAAGUUCUGAAUUCUGGCUCUAAAGUAACAAAUUGUUGCAAAUCACUGUGGGCAAAAUACAGUUUUCAGAGGGCAUACAUGACUCAACUUGUCAGCUCCCACACAGCAGCCAUGUCAAGGAAUCCAGAUCAUCAUUCACUUUCUCAGUUCAAGGAGAGUAGCCUUGGCCAGAAUCAUCACCAGGAGGAAGUAAUCCAGAAGUUGGCCAUGCAAUUGAGACACAUUGGGGACAGCAUCGAUUAUAGGAUGGCACAAGAGGAUCUUCAACAGGAAGGCAGAGAUGCGCUGGCUCAUUUUGCUUUAUUUGUCUUUAGAAGAGUUCGGGUUUUGUUGGGCUUUUUCUGGAAUAACCAUUUGCUGUAAAAGGAUUAUAAAUGUCAAGUUCUGUUUUUCCUCUGCCUUCUGAGAAAUGUGAAUCCUGCUGAGACAGAUGGGAAGAAGACCCUCCUCCUCUACCUCUUCUCUUUUUACUCAUCAUGGUUGGUCUGUGUGGGUUUGCUGGAGAACUGUGGGCACACAGGGCACUGUCAGCAACCAGCUGUGAGAUGUCUGCGACUCAUCAUGUGAAGCCCGGGGAGUAAUCAGGAGCCCAGAAAAUGCCAACAUUGUGGAUGGGCCCAGUGAUCCCUACAUGGAAACCUUGAUCACUUCCUUCCAUGAAUGAAAUAGAACAUGUCAUCAAAACAGGUCACAGAGAUGGGCACUCUCUCCUGGGCAUCUCCCUGGGGAUCAUGCCCUUCUUGACCUUUGGCCCUACUUCCUUAAGUCCAGAUGUGCCCUGCCAGCUUCUCCUCAGCACGUUUCCCAGCCCCACCUCAAUCCUAGCUCGUCUACUCUGUGGAAAGUCUGAGGAAGCUUCAGUCUCUAAUACUCAAAUCUAUCACCGAUCUUCAUUCCCAAUUCCAUGUCUAGAACCUGCCCACUCCCAUCACCACUACUGCUGGUGAUCCAAACCUCCUCGGGUUUGGAUUCUACAACACUGAAGUUCUUUUCUCACGCUCCCUCCCCCGCGACCCCUUCACAUCUUUCCUAACCACUUUGCUCCCCACCACCCCUGACCCU